AUGAGACCCAUAUUGCUCUCCGGGCAUGAGCGCGCGCUCACCCAGGUCAAAUACAACCCCGAUGGCGACAUCAUCUUCUCAGUAUCCAAGGACCACGUCGUGUGCGCAUGGUACUCCCACAACGGUGAACGUUUAGGAACAUACCACGGCCACCAGGGUGCGCUCUGGACCGUUGACGUCGACCCCACUUCCACUCUUCUCGCGACCGGCGGCGCCGACAACACGAUGCGGUUAUGGGAGGUCCAGACGGGCAAGCUGCUCAAGACUUGGGAUUUCCCAACUUCGAUAAAGCGAGUGGAGUUCUCCGCAGACGGCAGGCAGUUGCUUGGUGUUACCGAGAAGCGUUCCGGUCAUCUCGGUACGAUCUGCGUCUACGAGAUCAACCCCGACCCCGAGGCGAAACAGUCAGAUGAGCAUGUUUUAAGGAUAGUCUGCGAGGACAGCAAGCCCACCGUUGCAGGCUUCAGCUACCUAGCGCAUUACAUCAUCUCUGGGCACGAGGACGGUAGCGUCUCGCAAUUCGACGCGAAGAGUGGAGAGCUGCUCUACAACACCCAGGUCCAUGAGCCAGACGCACUGAUCACCGAUCUCCAAUGGUCCCAGGACCGCACAUACUUCAUUACUGCUUCAAAGGACAAGACCGCGAAGAUCUCCGCCGCCGACAGCAUCGAAGUGCUCAAGACCUACGUCGCCGAUACGCCCCUCAACAGCGCCGCUAUCACUCCUGUCAAGGACUACGUGAUUCUUGGUGGUGGUCAAGCCGCCAUGGAUGUCACCACAACCAGCGCCCGUCAAGGAAAGUUCGAAGCCCGCUUCUACCACAAGAUCUUUUGUGAGGAGAUCGGCCGUGUGAGGGGUCACUUUGGUCCGCUCAACUACGUCGCAGUCCACCCACAAGGUACCGGAUACUGCAGUGGUGGAGAAGACGGUUACGUCCGUGUGCACCACUUCGACAAGGGCUACUUCGAUUUCAUGUACGAGGUGGAGAGAGAAAAGGCGCAGGAGCAGGCGAACCUGUAG